AUGGGGGAUGGUAACGGUACAGAGGUAACAGAGUUUAUUUUAUUGGGGUUCUCGGGGUUUGGCUUUCUCCAGGGCCACCUGUUCUGGGGUGUGCUGUGCAUCUAUGUUGUCACCUUGCUGGGCAACUCUCUGAUAGUGCUCCUGACGCUGGCGGACUCUGCGCUCCGCUCCCCCAUGUACUUCUUCCUGCGUCACUUCUCCGUGGUGGAGAUCCUCUACACCACUACCAUCGUGCCUCGGAUGUUGGCCGACCUCCGCUCUUCCCGCCCCUCCAUCCCGCUGGCCAGCUGCUUCACGCAGUUAUAUUUCUUUGCCCUUUUUGGCAUUGCUGAGUGCUGCCUGCUCACCGCCAUGGCCUACGACCGCUAUGCUGCCAUCUGCUGUCCGCUGCAUUACACUACACUCAUGAGCCCGGGGACCUGUUCAGCCUUGGUGGGGGCCUCUUAUCUUGCAGGAGUCAUCACAGGCACUACUCACUCCAUCUUCAUCUUCACGUUGCCUUUCCGUGGGGCCAACACCAUCCAUCACUUCCUGUGUGAUAUCCUGCCUGUGCUGAGACUGGCUAGUGCAAGCACCUUCUGGGGUGAAGUGGGGAACCUCUUUCUCACAGUAACUUUUAUCUUCUCCCCCUUCUUAUUGAUUGUGGUUUCUUAUGCCUGUAUUCUUGCCACCAUCCUUAGGGUUUCGACAUCCCAGGGUCGUCAAAAGCUCUUUUCUACGUGUUCCUCCCACUUGUUUGUGGUCAUACUCUUUUUUGGGACUGGGUCUGUUGCCUACAUGAGGCCUCAGGCAGAUUCCUAUGGGGACACAGACCAAAUUAUCACCUUGUUCUACACAGUUGUCACCCCCAUGUGCAACCCUUUUGUUUACACUCUGAGGAACAAGGAGGUCACAGGGGCCAUGAGGCGGCUCAUGAAGAGAUACCUUUGGGGUCCUUGA